AUGACCUCCACUACGGAUCCGGCACCGGCAAGCGGUGUGACCGGACAACCUCAAUCCCCACCUUCUGACAACGAUAGCGGCGAACGCCCCGUCCGAAAGCAACUCAAAGAAACGUCCAUCAAGUCUGCUCCUACCACCACCGAAGAACAUGGCAACGGCCGUAAGCGUUCCUUCGAAGACUCCCGCGACGAGCCCGACUCCCGCGACGACAACGGCGACAACGGCGAAAGCCGACGAAAGAGAUCCCGAGACUGCACACCCCUGGAUGAUACUGAAAUUACUACAAGCCUAAACGCAAGCGCUAGCGCAAAAUCCGAAAAUGUGAGUGCACUUAACCCCAUGGAUUCCCCUUUGGCAGACCCCCUGGAUACUGCCGAAAAAAACACCUCCCCUGGACCCAAAACUGGACUACUGGAGCAUGAAUUGUCGGAAAAUCGCCCUGUUCCAAAAUCACCAACUUUUCAAACCGAUUGCACGUGGAAACCGACAAGCUGGAUUCCUUAUGAUGAUCCUGUCAUCUCCAAUGCCUGGCUCGAAUUGUUGAGCAAGAAGGCAGAUCCUAUUUUGAAUGGCAGCAGCUCCGAAAGCGAUGAAACUUCAGAAUGCACGGAGCUGGAUCCUGAGAUCCUCCCGGACAGCGAGGAUGAACAAUCUGAGUGGAGUAAUGAAUCUGAUGAGAUCAACGAACCCAUCGACUCGCCGGUGUAUCCGCACGCUCAUGAACUUUAUGGAUCGAAUGUCACCGAGUCGACUGCGCGCGCUCAAUCGCCACCUCUUGAGUUGUCGCAUAUCUCGAUUGAGUCUGGAUCUCGUGCUCAAUCUGCUCUUCCAGUCAAACCCAAUACACUCUUUGGAUGCAGCUCCCACCAUGAACAACUUCCCCAUCCUGAUUGCUUUAAUCUUGGCUACUACGACGAUUGCUAUCCACCGUCCGAGCCGCUUCAUAUUCAUUCCCCUGCUCAAGUUGGCUCCAGCAGUGCGCCGUACUGUCCUCCGGAAUAUUUUGAUCUUGACGACGACAACUACCAUCCACGAUCCGACUCGGAUCAUUCUUCUGUUCGAGUUGAAUCUCACGGUGCGCAGUGCUCUGAGUCUGACGAUGACGACUGUGUUUAUCUACGAACCGAGCCAGUUAAACAUCCUUCUAAAGUUCGUUCCAAUGGUGUGCCGUGGUGUCCUCCCCCUGAAUGGGAUAGCCCGCGCAGCCCUGUCCGAUUGGAUAAUGUCAACCUCGAACGUCUCGAGUUGGCUGAAACCAACUCUGGGCAUCAACGCUAUCCCUCAGCUUCUUGUCACCCUCCCGAAGCUGUCCGCAAUCCGCAAGCUGCUCCUGCCCUAAUGCCACUCUUUUGUUUCGCUGGAUACGCUCCUCAACCUAUCUGGACUGGACCCUCUAAACUGCAGACCCAAUAUCCUUCAUAUUCGGAUUCGCAAUCCGACGGUCUAGGGAUACCCUACCCACCUGAUCUUUUUGAUCCUCUCGAUGCCAAAUAUGACCCCGCCACACUCGAAGCGGAUUAUGGUACUCCGCGAAUCUGCAGUGGGCUAGCGAUAAGCAAUGCUGGAUUCGGUGACUCUUCAAAUUUCCUAUCCCAGGAACCCGUGCAAUCGUCAUUGGAUCUUUUACCAGAACAUCUCUACGACCAAGCUUCGGAUUAUUCGGAGCUGGACAUCUUCCCCCCUGGUCCUUCCGAUCAUGACGAUUCCAUUAUUUUUAAAGUAGAAUACGAUGAACAGCCCUCGACUCCCUCCGAAGAGCCAAGUGCCCAUUUCUCUUCUGAGAAAGAACUUUCCAGCCCACAUACCCCAUCAAUGACAGACCUGGAAAAAAAAGAUAAUGAGAAUAAUAACACCAACGCAAAAUUACAGGACCCCAAACGAUCGACGACGACCGAUACCCCAUCUAGUACCAUAGACGAUGAAUCCUUCAAGGCAUUGAACAAAAAAAGAAGCCUUGAACAACUCGAAGAUUCCGGUACCAAGAACGAUACAAAGAACGAUCCAGUACAAGAACCCACGUCCACUAGUCCCGCCAAUGCGAAAUCUACAACCGAUGGAGAACGAGAGAAGAAAAGACACCGUGAUAAUUCACAGGAGCGAGAAAUCAAGAAUGAAAACGAUACUAACAACCCCAUUUCUCACCAACAGGCAUUUGCCGCAAGUGCAUUUGGAAAGGCAGCAGCAGCUUCUCCAUUCGCCUCCCUAGGGUCUACUAAAGACUCUGCAGAUAAGCCAGCCUCCGCCUCGCCAUUCGCCUCUUCUAGCAUGGCUGGCUUCGCGGGUUCUGAAAAUUCUCCAUUUGGUACAUUAGGAGCUUCGACUCCUUCUGUUUUCAAGCCUGCCGCCACUGGAACAAGCAGCUUUGCCGCCCCCUCCACAACUUCUGGCUUCGGCGCCCUGGGAAGUGGGUUUUCAGGAGUUGGCGGGGGUUUUGCAGCUGCAGCAAAACCUGGCGGCUUGACCAGCUUCGCUUCCAGCAAUGCCCCAGCAACUCUGGGUACAACCAAGACCAAGACAUUUGGCGCGGAAGACUCCGAGGGCGACGACAGCGAUAACAAUGACGAUGAGGAAGAGACAAAUACCUUUGAAGCGGCGAAAACCGAUGAACGUUUCUAUGAACAAACCAUUGAAACUGGCGAGGAAGAAGAAGUUACUGUCUUCUCAUGCAAGGCGAAAUUGUUCAGCUUCGUCAACAAGGAAUGGAAGGAGCGUGGCAUUGGCACUUUCAAACUCAAUGCUACACAAACUGACGACGGCUACGCAAAUGGACGUAUGAUUAUGCGUGCUGAUGGAGCCAUGCGUGUCAUGCUCAAUAGUCCCAUCUUCUCGGGAAUGAACUAUGGUGACAAUGAUAACAAUACCCCAACUACGAAACAAAUUCUGCUUACUGGCAACGAGGAGGGCCGCAGAGUUCCUAUGCUGCUUCGCACUGGGAGUGAGGCCCUGGCCCAGGAACUCCAUGAACAUAUCAAAGGAUUGUUGGGCAAGUCCGACUGA